AUGGAUCCUUCAAGUUCUAGUUUCAAUGUUGUUCAAAAUCGGUCUGAUAAUAGUGUAGCUUCAUUUGAUGUUGAUUUACUGGAUUGCUCUAUUUGCUUCGAGCCUUUCAAAUUUCCUAUUACACAGUGUGAAAAUGGUCAUACUACUUGCUCUUUGUGCACCAACAGACUUGAGAAAUGUCCUUAUUGUGAAUUAACUAUUGGGGUUAUGCGGAAUUUUGCACUUGAAAAACUCAUUGAGUCAGUAAAAUUUUACUGUCGAUACAAGGGUAAUGGUUGCACUGAAAUUAUGAGUCAUGACAACAAAAUACAGCAUGAAAUUAUUUGUUCAUUUGUUGAUUGUUCAUGCCCUAUUUCAAAUUGCAAUGUCACUGGUUCAUCUGACUCUGUUUAUGGUCAUUCUAAAAUGGUGCAUAAUAAUUCUGUUACUAACUUUGAUUUUGAUAGCACUUUUGAAUCUUUUGGAAAUGUGUUGUCUUUAUGCCGAAUUGGACCGUCUUCAAGUAGCAGAUGCAAAUAUGAAAUUGAAAUACGAGUUGGACAAUCAAGCAUCAAGUUUGAAAGUUCUGCUGAAAAUAUCCAAUCUAUUGAAGGUUAUAAUGGAUCCACAUUUGGGCUAUCUCUUGAUACAAAAAAUACUUUUGUUUCUGACUGCUUCACAAUAAUUCAUCUCACUGUGUCUUCUGAUGCUGCAAUGAUUCUAGAAGACGAUUCAGAUGAAGAGAUGUACAAUCACAAUUAA